GAUGGAUUCCGGCGGACGAUCCAAUGGGCGAAUUGAUUCUCAUGGAACCGGGGCAAACAACGUAGACAUCCGAGCGCGGCCGAGCGCUCAUUUCCGUUUUCGAAUCCGACGUCACCUACUCUCAAAGCCCGUGUGUUUUGUGUUUCUUUGGGGCCACGAUGAUUAUCGCUAAUUUAACGUUGAAAUUAUUGAAACUGAAAUUAGAUUUCUUCGUAUCUUAAAAGUAUCCAAAAUCGAAAGCCAACAGGAAUAUUUGCUCGUCUAACAAAUCAAACGAAGAACAUUGUUAACGUGAUCAGUUAACCAAACUUAAUUAAUAACUGUACGUCACUAAGGAAAUCUUGAACAAAAUGGGCAUUCAAGAUUUGCAAGUCUUUUUGGAUAGUAAUUACGUACAGAGUGGAUCUGUACCCGUGGAUCUAUUGAAAAUAGCACGUACUAUCACACAAAGACAACAUAAUCGAGUUGGUAAGGCACAACAGUUACAUUCGGGAAAACUAAGGCUAGUCCUUGACGGAGAAUGCUGCUUAGAUAGAUUAUAUGGUGGAUACUUCUCAGAUUGGGCUUGUGGAGGACAGUGGAACCGAAUGUUACAGUUUUUAGCUGUUCUCAUACAAGCAACAGAAAUGUCAGGUUUAGAAUUAGCUGUAUUCUUUAAUGGAUGUUUUGAAUCUUCUCGACGCGCAGACUGGAUUUUAAAUCAAUUACAAAUGCGAAUUAAAGUAAACAACGUGUUAAAACAUAUUUCAACUAAAGGCACUCCACCACCAAAAAUUUGGUGGACUCCACCAGUGUGUUUAAGAACCAGUCUACGUAUGGCUCUACGGCAUUUGAACGUUACAGUACUAUGUAGUAUGGAUGACCACCAUCAGGAAGUGAUUGCAUAUUGCCGAGAAAACAAUUUUAAUGGCUUAAUUGCCGAUGACGCGGAGUAUGCUGCGUUCGAUCCUCCACGGUAUUUUUCGUCUGAACAGUUAAAACUGACGUACAAAGGCUCUCUCGACACCAAGGAGUACAUUCUUCCAGAACUUUUAAAAGCUUUGAACAUCCCUUCCGAUAGACUAUGCUUGUUAGCCGCGUUACUUGGAAAUUAUAUUUUAACUGAGCAUGACUUAGCUGAUUUUUAUAAGAAAUUGAACGUCAAUACCAAUUUGAACAAAGUGAACGUUGAACAAACGAUCAAAACGAUAGCUAAUUUCGUUCGAGACUUACCAUCUGUCGAGUUGGAUGUGGUUUCGCAGAAAGUUUUUGGAUCCCUGUCAGAUCCGAGGUGUCCGAAACUAAGGCAAUCGGUUCAGUAUUAUAUAAAUGGAACUAAAGAUGGAUUUUUGCAUUAUAAACCAGUGAAACCAAAUAGAGUACACAAAUUGGAUUCAAAGCAGAGCGUGCAACAACAGUCGAAUUUAUCCGAAACACCGUCAACCUCCGAGAUCGAUUCGAAUUUAGAAACAUCCAGAUUUGCAUCCGAAACUGUGGAAAGCGAGCGCGAAAGUUUGAACGCGUACAAGCAAGCUACUGCAAAUGCCAAGUCCACACCGCAAAUUGUGAUAGAUCCACCGGGAAUUCAGGGCCACGGUGACGCUGAUAAUAUUAGGACAGAGGAAGAACAAAACAAUGGGCAUGCUAUAAACGGCACACACAAUCUUUUAAUUAGUUCGUCCAGCUCGAGCAGCAGUUCUUCCGCCACGUCACCGUCUCACGCGACGGCUGAUUUGUCGAAGCAAACGGAGAAAAUGAUGACUAUUCCCAGCACGGUGCCAGAAGUGAUGCGUACCGCAUCCGAACGGCAUCAGAAAGGCUUAAUGUCUCCUCAUAUUUAUCAGAUUCUUAUCGCCGGAGAGAUCAAACUGCCUGUUCUUCUCGAAGACGAGAAUCAUCGUGAAUUCCCAUCGAUCCAUCUUAUUUAUAGACCCGUCAGGCAAAUGGUGUAUGCGAUACUAUUCAAUCUUCAUCACAGAAUGUAUUUAGCUGCUAAGAGUAAAGAGAAGGGAGAUAGCGAAAAAAUUGAAGUCCCAGACGUUGUGAUAAAGGAGUGGGUAUGGUCGAAAUCGAAUCCAUACAUAACUCCAGAACCUGUGAAAGCGGAACAAAUUGGUUGGGGUGUUCCUACGAUUCAACGUUUGUGGUUUGGCACGGGCAUAGAUGACAAACGUCGUCGUUUACGAGGAUUCUUGACUUGUAUGAAGUCAGAUACACCUCUUAUGUUAAACACUUCCUACGUACCGCAACACCUUUUAGUUAUGGCUUGUGUAUUAAGAUAUAUCAUGUCGUUUUCGGAUAAAAUAAAGGUUCUACGCCGUUGGGAAUUAGAUGCUUUCAUUGCACAGGCAUUUUCACCAGAGCUUAUGAACGCUCAGUAUUUACAAGAUCUCCAGCUUCCUUUAGUAACAUCACGCGGAGUACAAUUAGCUACUUUAUUCAUGGCCGGUGUUGAGACUGCUCUCUUAGCUAAUGACGCUUGUGGUGCACCGAUUCCAUGGUUAAUGUGCUGUCCGUGGUUGUAUUUCGAUGGAAAGCUGUUCCAUCACACGCUAGCUCGUGCUAGGAUCGCGAAAAACUUACUAGAACUCUGUGGUGGCCAUAUAGAUCGUAUCGUGAAAGUCGAGCGGAUGAAAAAAGCUAUAUUAGAGGGUACCAACGUUAUUUUCGCACGAGCACCACCAGUUGGUCCAGUAGGUAUUCGCAUGUCAGUACCGCAGAAUAUUCUGACCGCCGGAUGUACCAUUAACGAUGGUUUAAUGCGCGGAAGAGGCAGCGGAACUAUGCCUCAACGUGGAUUAAUGCGUCGUCCAAUACCGUCCCGUGGUGGACAACUAGAAAUUGCCGGAGUUGUCGUUGGACAAUGGGGUCCAAACUAUGGACAACCCGGCCGUUUACCUCAGCCUUUACAGGGGCAUCCUCGUGGGCGGCUUCCGCCACAGGUGACUUCAAUUGGUGGUCUCAAGUAUGGUCUCCCUCGUGGUUUUACUCCUAUGGGCCGGCCCACGUUUCAAACGCGAGGGAACAACCGUACUCAAAUCGCAGGUCGUGGAAAGAAGGCACAAAUGAAGGCAACUGGUAAAAAGAAGGCUCCUGUUAAGAAGAACAAAGAAUGCGAGAACAAAAAAGACAACCGAGGGCGAGACAAUAAUGUCGAUGGAGUAACUGAUUACAAUGACUCUAUUCCAAACAUGAACGCAACAAAAGAUGCACUGCCAGUACCAGGCCAAUUCGAGGAUGCCGUGGAAAACGGCAAAGGAAUAGAAAAAGGGCAGGGUGACGCAUCGCUGGUCGCUCCAGUCGCCGCUGAAAAUUAGGUAUUUAUACAUCACGUUUAUAUCGACUUUUAGAUACUCCCGGAUGUGACUCAAGACUGCAAUCAAAAGAAUCUUCUUAGAGAAAACAAGUGUGUGUAAACGAGUAAUGAUGCGCCAAUGACAUUUGAAAGUUGCAACGCAAUUAUUCCAUGUAACGCAGUUAUAUUCGAUCGUGCAGAAAAUUGUUUUUAUAAAUUAAAGGAGGAGAGGAGAAGGAUUCAGACUUCUUUUUCAUGUAAGUUCAGUGCUUCGAGGAAGAAGAAAAGAGAUGAGGAGUGGAAGUUCGGUGCUUUGAAAAAAGAAAAUACACAAAAUCGCCUUGAAUUUUCGCACAAUGAAGAUGAUGAGAGAACUCUUCAAAUGUUACGCGCAAAAUUACUCAACAAUGUCUAAAGCUCUGAUGGGGCCAAACUAAUUAAACUAAUGUAGGAGAAAAAGCAUCGUUAACGCGAUGUCAAGAUAUUGUAAAACGACAAGACCCAUUUCCGACAUACACGAUACGAUGUCCUCACUGCCAAACGUACCAUUCACUGUGUAGGAUAAGAGUAAAAACGAACAUGAUUUAAGAAAAAAGAAGAAAAUAUAAAAAAAAAAAAAAAGAUACAAGGAAAUCGUGCUUGUGCUAACACGAGCGUGUUUUUAAAACUACUGCUACUCCGCUCGGAUCACCAUAAAGAUGAACUCGACUGAUUAGUGUAUGCGUGCGCUAAUUUUACUAAGAACGAGAACAAGUCGUCAGCUGCUAUAAGUAUUUAAUUCUUAAGAAGUGUGAUUAUUUUUUUUACAAUGAAAAUAUAUAUUUUCCGGUAUUAUAUGAAAUGCUCGCAUUGACAGUCUCAGUACUCUGAUCUCUAAUAACGUAGACAUCAGACGUAGAAUAAUCUUAUUCUCAUUAUAGACGGACAAAAUGGACAAAAUUUGGACUGGACAGUACAUCACGGAUGAUUUUACUAUGUUUUGUAGAUAACGCGAGAUAGGAUACUGAGACGUUCAUUAGCAAAUGGAGACUGAUGCUUUUCAUAUAGGUAAAAUAUAUAUUUAUAUAUAAUUUAGACUAGAGGUUCCCAAGUAUAUUAUAUGUAAGUUGUGAAUGGAUGUGUAUAUGUGUGUACGUGUGCGUGUGUGCAUGUAUAUAUGUAUGCAGUGGAAUGUCGAAAUGCACCGUCUGUGAGAUUACGUGAGUUGUGAAAUAAUACUUGUUUUAUUUGUGAGAAUUUGCUAUGAAAGAAAGAGAGGGAGUGAAAGAAAAUAUCGUACUAUGAGAACGACAUAUAGAGAAACAUAAGAGAUGUAUAUAAACGUGGGAUGUUAACGCGUGUCGGUUCACGUACACACGCGUACCACAUAAUACAUAAAUAAGAUUGAAGGUUGAAAAUGUGUACGCGCGUGUACGUGGCUGAAUUGAUAUAUUUAUUUGCUGUUGCGUCGAUGGAGAGAGGAAUGAAUGACUUUUGAACGAAUUACAAAUUUCCAUGUACGAUAAGAGAUACGAUAUGUACUCGUGGGCACAACGGCGGACUAGUUGCGAGAGUAAUCGGCUUGAAUUUUAAAAAAAAAGAAAAGGCGAAGUUCUCUGAAAGAGUUACUCUUGCGGAGGUCUUCCGAUGUCGCUUGGAAAAUAUGCUACACUGUGCGUUAUUCUAAUUGCAUUAUUUGGUUGAUUUAUAUUUUAAUAAAUAAUAACAACAACAACAACAAAAAGAACGCAGUUGCUUCAUAGAGAAAUAUCUUUAUUUUGCUUGAAGAAUUUUUUUUUUUUUUGAGACUUGUGUUUUCUAUCGUUUUUAUCCUUGUCUCUUUUUUGCAUUAAAAUUUUAGAAAUUCGUGCCUUUCGUAGCAUAUUUUCGAAAAGAUACGAUGUGUCCCUUCUUUAAUUGUACAUAAGAAUAGUUUAGAAUUGAGAGUGCGAGGUUGGUGUAUAUAAAAGAGGAGACCGGUAGGUUCGCACUUUUGCUGCGUGAAGGACCGGUUCAAUGUAGGAGAUCAUCAUGUUAAAAGAAAAAAAGAAAAAUACUAUUUAUGUGUAGAAUAGUCGAAACGACAUUCUACCAAAGAUCAUUGGAGUUUGAAGGAUAAGAGGUGGGUUCUUUUAUCAGUAAAGUAUACACAUAUAACAGAGAUACAAGACAGCACGACAGAACACGAUCAUUUAUGGAAAAGGAAUGCAAAUAUAAAACAGAGAAAGGAUUAGAUGAAAAUGGUAUGGAAAAAGGAUAUGCGUCUAAAGUGCAGAGGUAAUUUAGGUUGAGUAAAAGAGCGAACGAGAGAGCGAGAGAGAAAGUGAUUGUGAGAGAGAAAACCAUUUAUUGAAAUAAUAUAACGAGAGAUAAGAUAAAAAUGUUAUAUUUUUGUAGAUUUGUUAUUGCGUAAAAAAAUGCAUUAAGACAAUGAGAAACUUUAUAUAAUUUGAGCGAUGGUUGAACUGAGCCUGAGAGAGUUGAAAUGGAUGACUAAGAUCAUAGAAAGUGUAUUGUACAGAGAAUGAAAAAAGAGAUUUAAGGGGGGAGGGAAAAAACAUAGAGGAAAAGAUGAAAAAGUGCUUUAGAAGAGACGAAUAAUAUAUUGAACAUGUUUGACAUCCGUGAUUUAAUAAGAAAAAUCUCAUUAAUUCUUCUGUGUCUCCACAGCUCUCAAAGUUCUGAGUUGCUUGCGAACAAAGAAAAAAGUUUAAAAAAAACAAAUAAAAACCGAAAAAAAUAAAACAUGAAAAUAGGCAGGAUAUCUAAAAAAAAAAGAGGGAAAAUUAAAUGUCAGCUUCAAUAUGAACUAUUACCAGUGUAUGCGUAUAAUAAACAGUUUUCCUAACGCGAUUUGAAAAAUACCAUGAUGUUUACGAAAAAAAAUAAUAAAACGAAAUAAAAAAUCCCUGGUGAAUGGAACUGUGUAAAUUAAAAAAAAAAAAAAAAUA